CGCUGUUUCUGCCGUUGCGGAGCCAAAAUGGCGGAGUGUGCAGCUGCCGUUCUGCUGUAUUCCAACUGACUUGAGCAAAAGAUGGCAGCUUCAGUGGAAGACGAGUUUGAAGAUGCUCCUGAUGUAGAGCCGUUAGAGCCGACAUUAAAGAAUAUUAUAGAGCAGAAAUCACUCAAAUGGAUAUUUGUCGGUGGUAAAGGUGGCGUGGGCAAGACAACGUGCAGCUGCAGUCUGGCAGUUCAGUUGGCAGCGGUGCGAGAGAGCGUCCUCAUCAUAUCCACAGAUCCAGCACACAACAUCUCGGAUGCCUUCGACCAGAAGUUCUCCAAAGUGCCCACCAAAGUUAAGGGCUACGACAACCUGUUUGCCAUGGAGAUCGACCCCAGUCUGGGUGUGGCAGAGCUGCCCGAUGAGUUCUUCGAGGAGGACAACAUGCUCAGUAUGGGGAAGAAGAUGAUGCAGGAAGCCAUGAGCGCUUUUCCCGGCAUCGACGAGGCCAUGAGCUACGCAGAGGUCAUGAGGUUAGUGAAAGGCAUGAAUUUUUCGGUGGUGGUGUUUGACACGGCCCCGACAGGACACACACUGCGUCUGCUCAACUUCCCCACCAUCGUGGAGAGAGGACUGGGCCGCCUCAUGCAGAUCAAGAACCAGAUCAGCCCCUUCAUCUCACAGAUGUGUAACAUGUUGGGCCUGGGAGACAUGAAUGCAGAUCAGCUGGCGUCUAAACUGGAGGAGACGCUUCCCGUCAUCCGCUCAGUCAGCGAGCAGUUUAAGGACCCGGAGCAGACGACAUUUAUCUGCGUGUGCAUCGCAGAGUUCCUGUCUCUGUAUGAGACGGAGCGUUUGAUUCAGGAGCUGGCCAAGUGUCGCAUCGACACACACAACAUUAUCGUCAACCAGCUGGUUUUCCCAGACAGCGAGCGGCGGCCCUGCAAGAUGUGUGAAGCCCGACACAAGAUUCAGUCCAAGUACCUGGACCAGAUGGAGGAUUUAUAUGAAGAUUUCCACAUAGUAAAGUUGCCUCUGCUGCCUCACGAGGUUCGAGGAGCGGACAAAGUCAAUACUUUCUCCAAGCAGCUGCUGGAGCCCUACAGCCUGCCCAAGAAGUGACUGAAAUGAUUUCCACAGAACAAACACAACCAUUGCAUCCCUCUGGUCUUCACAUCUCCACACACACACACACACACACAAACACACACACACACACCCCC